GUUAUGCAAUGAUGCGUUUUUACUCUAAACUGAAAAAAAAAAUAAAAAGUACCAAUAAAAGGAAUAAAGCUAAGGUUAGGACCAACCCAUGAUGAUCGUAAUGGUCGUGUAACUCCUAGGAGACAGUUAAGUGCCACGUGCUUUUGAGGCAACAAUCUCAAACGUGACAUGACACGUUGGUCAGAUGACUCCAUGGGAGAUCAAUCGAUUGACGACUUAAUCGUGCUCAGGUCACAACAUAAACAAAGACUAUAAACUCAAGACUAAAUAAAACUUCCUCCUUACAUCUACGGUGGUCGAGAUUACUUUAACCAACAAGAUGUACACACUUUUGUUAGCAAAAGGUUCACAUAGAAUUGUUUUCCCUGUAAAUAACACGAAAUUCACCAAAGAAAUCGAUCAUUGCCAGCUUCGUUCAGUUUCAGUGACAAUUUCCGAUUAGUUUCAAAAAUGUCGGAAAUGAUCAUUAAAAAGUGACUUGGAUACAAAGUAAAGCAGCUCUGCCUGUUAAUCUUUUCUGAGUCAUCAACUGUGACAAUAUUUUCAAUCCAUACAGCUUCAGUUUUAAAUGUUUCAAAGCCGGAAACGUUUCCACACCGGAAGUGUCAGGUAUAGCAUAAUGAGAAUGUGAUCACUGACAGAAAUAAGUCACCUUGUUACUGCUAAAAACUAGUGGAAUUUACAUUGGUUUCUUAUGAGCAAUGAAUUCUGAUUUAAUCAUCCCACGUAGAUUGUAAGUAGUGGUUGGUAUUGUUUAGUGUCAGUAGGUCACACCUAUUCUUGACAGAGAGAUGGCAAUAGCAAAUCUCACUUAUCACAAUGUGUCAUUGGCUAGCCUAUCAUCAAGUGCGUAAAGAAACCCCCUAUCUAGAGAAAUAACAAAUUAUGCAAACAGUGCACCACAGAUAACAGGGACAAUCUCAAACUACUCCAGUGUUUGCGAACUUGUUCAACAAGCGAUUUGUGUGACGUUGAUAUCCAGAUGCUGAAGGCGUUCGACCAUUUCGGCAACUGUUUUAUCCCGAGGUGUGCAAAUGUGAAAUCCAUUAAAGAAUCAUUGUUUUCCGCUUUGGACAUCAGAUGUGCUCGAGAAUCAAAAUAAGCUUUUACAGGCGUUUGAUUGGCUACGUAAGCGGUUCGUUCUGUCAGUCAAACAUCCUGGCCAAUGACAAACUGUUGUGAGUUCUUCACAAGUGCAACAGGUUUUCACUCGAAUUAUAAAACUAAACUGCUCAUUUGAUCGAGAAUAACCUAGUAACGUUUAGUGACGGUGGAAUUGAACAUGGCCAGUAUUUUCGACUAUCUGUCACCAUCUCAUAACGCAAGUUAUUCUGCAUUUACUCAAGUACCAAGAGGUACUGUAAUGACCGCAGAUAUGAGUGAGUGGACGAACGAGAGUACCUAUCCUACAAGUUAUACAUAUCCUGAGGUACCAGCCCAGCAGCCUCCGCACCAUAUUCCAGGAUUGCGUCCAAACCAAAGUGUCAUGGUUGAUCAAUACUCUGGUUCAAGUAGCCUACCAAGUUCGCAAGGGGUCUACAAUCUUACGUCUAAUUACCCUUGCGUAUCAAAUGCUACAAAUCCAAUAUUUGCUGCUAGAGAUUUUCUCCUUCGACGCGAUCAUUGUGCUAUCCCGUUUGGCGUGCCGCAACAACCAGCGCAGUUUCACUCUGAUGUGACCGCAACGUUAGCUAGUGGCGUUACUUACCAACAAAACUACCCUGUCCUACAGCAAGCUGUGACGGCCGUGUCUGCUGCUGUAAUGCCAAGUGUUACUCCUCUUUCUCCUGGUACAAGUACGAUAAGUCAUCCCAACUUGGCCUUGUAUUCUAAUGACUCUAGGACAGAGCAUACCGACCACAUGUCGACGAGUCCAAGCAGCGUUCACAGUCAGACGAAAGUCGAAUCGCCACCGAGAGAUAACUUAAAUGAGAAGAGCUCCAACAGUGACGAUGCUAAAGUUGAUACAACUCCAACGCGACACAGCCCACCUACAGUUCAGUUGUUAGCAAAAAAUCCACAUGGCACACCAAUACAAACAGUCGAUUUGAAGUCAAGCAGCGCCUUUCUCCGCUUCAUGCGUCCUGUCGUCAAACAGGAACAUAUUUGCAAAUGGAUCAAUGAAAAGAAAGGUGAACCUUGUGAUGAAGUAUUUGGAGGUCUGUUGGAGCUUGUUAAGCAUAUCUCCGUCGAGCAUGUCAGCAAUGCUAGCGAGAAUUCCCUUCACGUCUGCUGUUGGUUAAACUGUGACCGCAAUGGAAAACCUUUCAAAGCUAAAUACAAACUCGUGAACCAUGUUCGCGUGCAUACAGGAGAGAAGCCUUUUGAGUGUCCCUUCGCGAACUGUGGCAAACUCUUUGCUCGAUCAGAAAACCUCAAGAUACACAAACGAACCCACACUGGCGAAAAACCCUUUGUUUGUGAGUUUGAAGGUUGUAAGAGGCGGUUUGCUAACUCCAGCGACAGGAAGAAGCAUUCUCAUGUUCAUACUUCAGACAAACCAUAUGUUUGUCGUAUUAAUGGCUGCGAGAAGAGUUAUACGCAUCCAAGCUCUUUAAGGAAGCAUCUAAAAGCACAUAGUAAGACUGUCGAUAAUAAUAAUGAUAAUACAAGUGAAAACGUUCCAUCGAAAGGUUUAGGAACAGUUCAUAAAGCAAGAACAUAUAACUGGAUUAACAACGCUGGUAUCUUUAAGAAUACAACCCAACACACAACUGUUAUAAAGACGGAAUCUCAUUCAUAAUAACUAACUUGAUAGCAAAGGACUUGAACUUUAGUAAUUAUUGGGAAUGAUUAUAAUUUUAUAUCAUAAUUAUAAGCAAUUGCGAAUAUUAGAAAGAAAUGAAGACAUACAUAUUAUUUCAUACAAGAUUAAUAAAAGGAUUUAAGGACAAAUUUAUCACUCAAUGAUACCAGUAUUACCAAUGAUAAAUUGAUUGUUAAAGUUAAAAUACAUAUUAUUUGUAAAAUGUUUUAUAUAUAGAUAUUGAAUAAACUAACUUCUCUGUC